UUUCAGUCGCUGCGCUCAAGUCGCCGCCGCUGGUUCGUUACUUUCGAAAUACGCUGCCGCAUGUGAAGAGUAGUGAGAAAAACUUAUCAAAAUAAAAAUAAUUAAAAUUUAAUGAAAUCAAAAGUAAUUCCAAAUCAGAUUGGUAAAAGUAAACAUUAAGAAACUGAAAAGUAAGCAAAGUGUGACGAGUGUUUAGGUGAGAGUGCUGAAGUGAAAAAUUUCUAAAACCACUAAAUAAGCGAAAAGUCGAAAAGCGUGCGUAUAAGCGCUAAAGUAACUGUAAUACAUAAUAAAGACAAAUAAAUUGUCAGCGAAUUGAAGGUGAAACGAGUAGAAAUUGUUUUUGUGCGCUGCCGUUGCAUACGCAGUUGCAUUUGCAGUGCUUCGACUGUGUGUACAUAGAAGAAGAAGCAUUCGAAAAUAAUUAACGCGUGAUUUUAAUUAGAAAACAAUAAAUAAAUACGUAAACUCUUAGAUACUUGCUAAUUAAUAGCGAAAUGUGUAAAGUCUGCGUUUUUGUGCGAAAAAUGUUUCAAUAAAUAAUCAUAAAAAAACUUGAUCGCAACUAAAAAUGAACAUUUUCCUUCAACUAUGAACCGGCGAAACUAAAACAACAACAAAAAGAUCACAACUAAUUGUGGUUAUGUUACAACUCUAAAAAAAAACACUUUUAUACGCUGCAUAACAAUAAUAAAUGUGCAACUAUUUGCAUUUAUAGCUACGAUUAUAAACCGCAAUUAAAAAAUACUAAAAUCCGUGCAAACAUUUUGUUUGAAGUUUUUUCGUCUGGCGUUUGAGCAAACUGUGCGAAUUUCCUGCAGUCAACCAUAAAAGCAUAACCCUCUCAAAAUGGGUCACAGUGCAGCCGACACAAGCGCCACCAGUCCGGUGGGUACAAAUCUGGCCGUAGCAACUAUAGCGCCGAUCACAGCGAAAAGCGUGGAAGCCAAUGGAAACCCACCAAAGAAGCCAACGUUGACUUGGCGUGAAAAAUUACAAAAGGUCAUCAAUAAUAUCACUGUGGAACCGAUACUCGCCGCAUACAUUAUGCCCAGUGUGCUGUCUGGACUGGCGACACAAAAUUUGAAUUUGGAAAAGGCGUGUCGCGUAAACAUGGAUUAUGGCGAGGUGGUGUGUGAUGCGCUCACACGACGUGAUACCGCCAAUUAUACGCUCGAGGAGGAGACCGUACAACAGAUGGUUGCACGCAUGGCCGCCUGGAAAACUGUGAUACAAUCGAUGUUUCCCUGUCUGCUCAUUCUGUUUUGGGGUUCGUGGAGCGAUCGGCAUCAUCGACGAAAACCUUGCAUACUCAUACCAAUAAUUGGCGAGUUCUUGGGUACAGUGGGUCUCAUACUCUGUGUGUACUUCGAGCGUACGCCGAUGGAGGUCGCCGCUUUGACGGAAGCCAUAUUUCCUUCGCUUAGUGGUGGUUGGUUUACGAUGCUAAUGGGGGUCUUCAGUUAUAUAGCCGAUAUUACUACGGAAGAGGAACGUACGUUACGUAUUGGUAUAUUGAAUGUGUGCUUCUCAGUGGGCGUACCCAUUGGUAUGGCGUUCAGUGGAGUGCUACUGAAAAAAAUUGGUUUCUAUGGCGUCUUCUCUAUCUCAGCAACCCUCUAUUUGUUCUCAUUCCUAUAUGGUUUAUUCUUCUUGGCUGAACCGCGUGCCAAACCAGAGAAGAGUGUGCCGAAAGGAGAACGUAAGAGUUUGUUAGCUGACUUCUUCGAUAAAGAUCAUGUGGUCGAGACCUUCCGUGUGGCCUUUAAGCGUGGCGAGAACCAGCGUCGUCAGCGUGUAAUAAUGCUUAUGGUUGUUGUGAUGGUUGUGAUUGGACCAAUGCAUGGUGAAAUGGCUGUGACAUAUCUCUUUACACGUUUCCGCUUCAACUGGAGCGAGGUGGAGUUUAGCGUAUUCUCGACCUAUGCAAUGGUUACUGGACUAGUUGGCGUGCUUUUCUGCGUCGGCAUACUUUCGCACAAAUUGAAGAUCGAUGAUGCGCUCGUUGGCGUCAUUUCCAGUAUGUCUAAGAUACUAUCGGGUUUCGUGUACGCUUUUGCUACCGUGCCCUGGCACAUGUACGUCGGUGCGAUUGUGGAGAUCUUUAACGGUACUGCCUUCAUAGCUAUGCGUUCGAUUGCCACCAAGCUGGUGCGUAAAGAUGAAUUGGGCAAAGUGAAUUCGCUGUUCGGUGUUGCCGAAGCGCUGAUGCCUAUGGUUUUCGCACCCAUGUACACCACUUUGUAUGCGGCUACAUUGAAAGUAUUACCCGGCGCUUUCUAUUUGUUGGGCGGUGCGCUUACCGCACCCGCAGUAUUUAUUUUCCUCUGGAUGUACAACUUCCAAUGCAAGCAACGGCGCAAGGCGAUUGCACAAGCCGCCGAUAGUGAAACUGGCGGUGUUGGUGGCGUCACUAAGGCGGAUUGUCUGGACGCCAAAGACGCGAAUGGUAAUAUUAAUGCGAUUGAGGCGAUAGCGUUGGCGAGCGAGGCGAAGGGCCAACUCAAUGGCAUUGUAACGAAUGUGAUACAUGAAAACCUGGAACAGGCCGAACAUGCGGCCGAAUGUGUGCAACGGGAUACUGAAGCGCGCGCAGCGGUUGUGGCGCAGGCGCAUACGUUACCCAACGGUAUGGAUAAUAAGGCGUUCGAAAGUGAUGAAGGAGAAUUGCGCCAGCGUCAACAAACGAAAGUGUAACUAAUAUGCUUGGGCGUGGACUGCAUAUGAGAGUAUUUUUGCGAUGUACGAUUUUAUUGUAAGGAGCACUAGGAGUAGAAAGUUAUGGGGGUGUACCCAGUAUAUACACUGGUAGUGUGUGAUGUAUUAUUUUUUUUUUAUUUGGAGACGUGUAAAGUUAUAAUUAUGUAAUUUUAAAUAAGUAUACAAAAAUAUAUUUUUUGUUAGUUUAUAAGUAAUUUAAGUUGAACACUAUGUAUUCUACUAUUAAAAUAAAAGACACUAAGUAGUUUUUGUUAAUAAAA